AUGGUCCGCUUCGGGGACGAGCUGGGCGGCCGCUAUGGGGGCGCCGGCGGCGGGGAGCGGGCCCGGGGCGGCGGGGCCGGCGGGGUGGGCGGCCCGGGCCCGGGGGGACUGCAGCCCGGCCAGAGGGUCCUCUACAAGCAGUCGAUCGCGCAGCGCGCGCGGACCAUGGCGCUGUACAACCCCAUCCCGGUCAAGCAGAACUGCUUCACCGUCAACCGCUCGCUCUUCGUCUUCAGCGAGGACAACGUCGUCCGCAAAUACGCCAAGCGCAUCACGGAGUGGCCUCCGUUUGAAUACAUGAUCCUGGCCACCAUCAUCGCCAACUGCAUCGUGCUGGCCCUGGAGCAGCACCUCCCUGACGGGGACAAGACGCCCAUGUCCGAGCGACUGGACGACACGGAGCCUUACUUCAUCGGCAUCUUUUGCUUUGAGGCGGGCAUCAAGAUCAUUGCCCUGGGCUUCGUCUUCCACAAGGGCUCCUACCUGCGCAACGGCUGGAAUGUCAUGGACUUUGUGGUGGUGCUCACAGGGAUCCUGACCACAGCUGGCACUGACUUCGACCUGCGGACACUGCGAGCUGUGCGUGUGUUAAGGCCCCUGAAGCUGGUGUCUGGAAUUCCGAGUUUGCAGGUGGUGCUCAAGUCCAUCAUGAAGGCUAUGGUCCCGCUCCUGCAGAUUGGGCUGCUUCUCUUCUUCGCCAUCCUCAUGUUUGCCAUCAUCGGCCUCGAGUUCUACAUGGGAAAAUUCCAUAAGGCCUGUUUCCCCAAUAGCACAGAUGCAGAGCCUGUGGGAGACUUCCCCUGUGGCAAGGAGGCCCCGGCCCGGCUGUGUGAGGAAGACAUGGAGUGCCGGGAGUAUUGGCCGGGGCCCAACUUUGGCAUCACCAACUUUGACAACAUCUUGUUUGCUGUCCUGACGGUGUUCCAGUGCAUCACCAUGGAGGGCUGGACUGACAUCCUCUACAACACCAAUGACGCGGCUGGUAACACCUGGAACUGGCUCUACUUCAUCCCCCUCAUCAUCAUUGGCUCCUUCUUCAUGCUCAACUUGGUACUGGGCGUGCUCUCUGGAGAGUUUGCCAAAGAGCGUGAGAGGGUGGAGAACCGUCGUGCCUUCUUGAAGCUCCGCCGACAGCAGCAGAUUGAGCGGGAGCUCAAUGGGUACCUAGAGUGGAUUUUCAAGGCCGAGGAGGUCAUGCUGGCUGAGGAGGACAAGAAUGCGGAGGAGAAAUCCCCAUUGGAUGUGCUGAAGCGAGCGGCCACCAAGAAAAGCAGGAACGAUCUGAUCCACGCUGAGGAGGGUGAGGACCGCUUUGCUGACCUAGGCGCCAUCGGUUCUCCCUUUGCUCGCGCCAGCCUCAAGAGUGGGAAGAAUGACAGCUCCUCAUAUUUUCGGCGGAAGGAGAAGAUGUUCCGGUUUUUCAUCCGCCGCAUGGUGAAGGCGCAGAGCUUCUACUGGGCGGUGCUGUGUGUGGUGGCUCUGAACACACUCUGUGUGGCCAUAGUGCACUACAAACAACCUCAGCGGCUUACUAUCGCUCUGUAUUUUGCAGAGUUUGUUUUCCUGGGUCUCUUCCUCACAGAGAUGUCCCUGAAGAUGUAUGGCCUGGGGCCCAGAAGCUACUUCCGGUCCUCCUUCAACUGCUUUGACUUUGGGGUCAUUGUGGGGAGCAUUUUUGAAGUGAUCUGGGCGGCCAUCAAGCCAGGAACCUCCUUUGGGAUCAGUGUACUGCGGGCACUCCGGCUACUGAGAAUCUUCAAGGUCACCAAGUACUGGAACUCCUUACGGAACCUGGUGGUGUCUCUGCUCAACUCCAUGAAGUCCAUCAUCAGCCUUCUCUUCCUGCUCUUCCUGUUCAUCGUGGUCUUUGCUCUGCUUGGGAUGCAACUGUUUGGGGGACAGUUCAACUUCCAGGAUGAGACUCCCACGACCAACUUUGACACCUUCCCUGCCGCCAUCCUCACCGUCUUCCAGAUCCUGACCGGAGAGGACUGGAAUGCAGUGAUGUAUCACGGCAUCGAAUCACAAGGUGGAGUCAGCAAAGGCAUGUUCUCAUCUUUUUACUUCAUUGUCCUGACGUUGUUUGGAAAUUACACUCUGCUCAACGUCUUCCUGGCUAUUGCAGUGGACAACCUCGCCAACGCCCAGGAGCUAACUAAGGAUGAAGAGGAGAUGGAAGAAGCAGCCAAUCAGAAGCUUGCUCUGCAAAAGGCCAAAGAAGUGGCUGAAGUCAGCCCCAUGUCUGCCGCAAACAUCUCCAUUGCAGCGAGGCAGCAGAACUCAGCCAAGGCACGGUCAGUGUGGGAGCAACGGGCCAGCCAGCUGCGGCUGCAGAACCUGCGGGCCAGCUGUGAGGCACUGUACAGUGAGAUGGACCCUGAGGAGCGACUGCACUUCGCCGCCACACGCCACCUGCGACCUGACAUGAAGACACACCUGGAUCGGCCCCUAGUGGUGGAGCCUGGCCGUGAGGCACCUCGGGAGGGCUUUGAGUCCUCUGAGCCUGCCCGCCCGCCGUCAGGCCUUGCUGCCGAGGGCCCUGACCUGUCCCGACGGCACCACCGCCACCGUGACAAGGAUAAGACCCCGGUCCCCACAGUGGCCGGUGCUGAGCAGGACAGACCUGAGGCUCCCAAGGCUGAGAACGGGGAGCUGGGGGGCCGGGAGGAGCGACCCCGGUCACACCGCAGCCGCAGCAAGGAGCCCACAGGCCCCCGAGAAGGCCGGAGUGAGCGGCCCCGAGGCCCAGGCCUUGAGGGCAGUGGCCGGCGCCACCAUCGGCGAGGCUCCCCAGAAGAGGCAACUGAGAAGGAGCCCCGGCGUCACCACGCCCACCGGCACGUGCUGGACCAGGCCCGGGAGGGCACCGGAGCCAAGGGCGAGCGGCGAGCGCGGCACCGCGGAGGCCCCCGUGCUGCCCCCAGGGAGGCUGAUAGCACGGAGGAACCGGCUCGGCGGCAUAGGGCCCGGCACAAGGUGCUGUCCAAGCAUGACUCUCUGGAGAAGGAAGCUGUGGAGAAGGAGAGUGAGCAUCUGGACAAGGACAAGGACAGGGACAAGGAGCUCCGGAACCACCAGUCCAAGGAGCUGCGCUGUGAAGUGGAGGCCAGUGGGCUGCUGGGGGCGGGCCCUGUGCAUGCACUGCCCAGCACCUGUCUCCAGAAGGUGGUGGAACAACCAGAGGAUGCAGACAACCAGCGGAAUGUCACGCGGAUGGGCAAUCAACCCCUGGAGCCAAGUGCUGCCGUACUGAUCCCAGUGACACUGAUGGGCCCCCCAGAGGAGAACACCAUUGUGCCCAGUGAAAACAUAGACCUGGAGAGCCAAGCGGAGGGGAAGAAGGAGGCAGAUACCAGCGGUGUGAUGGGAGGCGGCCCCCGGCCAAUUGUCCCAUACAGCUCCAUGUUCUGUCUGAGUCCCACUAACCUGCUCCGCCGCUGCUGCCAUUACAUUGUGACCAUGCGGUACUUCGAGAUGGUCAUUCUGGUGGUCAUUGCCCUGAGCAGCAUUGCCCUCGCUGCUGAGGACCCUGUGCGCACAGACUCACCCAGGAACAACGUUCUGAAAUACAUGGAUUACAUCUUCACAGGCGUCUUCACCUUUGAGAUGGUGAUAAAGAUGAUUGACCUGGGACUGCUGCUACACCCUGGGGCCUACUUCCGGGACCUGUGGAACAUCUUGGACUUCAUUGUGGUCAGUGGUGCUCUGGUGGCAUUUGCCUUCUCAGGAUCCAAAGGGAAAGACAUCAACACUAUCAAGUCCCUGAGAGUCCUGCGUGUCUUGCGGCCACUCAAGACCAUCAAACGGCUGCCUAAGCUCAAGGCCGUGUUCGACUGUGUGGUGAACUCCCUGAAGAACGUCCUCAACAUCCUGGUCGUCUACAUGCUCUUCAUGUUCAUCUUCGCUGUGAUCGCCGUGCAGCUCUUCAAAGGGAAGUUCUUUUACUGCACUGACGAGUCCAAGGAGCUGGAGAGGGACUGCAGGGGUCAGUAUCUGGAUUAUGAAAAGGAGGAAGUGGAAGCUCAACCGCGGCAGUGGAAGAAAUAUGACUUUCACUAUGACAAUGUGCUCUGGGCUCUGCUGACACUGUUCACUGUGUCUACAGGAGAAGGGUGGCCCAUGGUACUGAAACACUCCGUGGAUGCCACAUACGAGGAGCAGGGCCCGAGCCCUGGGUACCGCAUGGAGCUGUCCAUCUUCUAUGUGGUCUACUUUGUGGUCUUUCCCUUCUUUUUCGUCAACAUUUUUGUGGCCUUGAUCAUCAUCACCUUCCAGGAGCAGGGGGACAAGGUGAUGUCCGAGUGCAGCCUGGAGAAGAAUGAGAGGGCCUGCAUUGACUUCGUCAUCAGUGCCAAGCCCCUGACUCGGUACAUGCCUCAAAACAAGCAGUCAUUCCAGUAUAAGACGUGGACGUUCGUGGUGUCCCCACCCUUCGAGUACUUCAUCAUGGCCAUGAUUGCCCUCAACACCGCCGUGUUGAUGAUGAAGUUUUACGCCGCACCCUAUGAGUAUGAGUUGAUGCUGAAGUGCCUGAACAUAGUGUUCACGUCCAUGUUCUCCAUGGAGUGUGUGCUGAAGAUCAUCGCCUUUGGGGUGUUGAACUAUUUCAGAGAUGCCUGGAACGUCUUCGACUUUGUCACUGUGUUGGGAAGUAUUACUGAUAUUUUAGUAACAGAGAUUGCGGAAACUAACAACUUCAUCAACCUCAGCUUCCUCCGCCUGUUUCGUGCUGCCCGCCUCAUCAAGCUGCUCCGUCAGGGGUAUACCAUCCGCAUACUGCUGUGGACCUUCGUCCAGUCCUUCAAGGCCCUGCCGUAUGUGUGUCUGCUCAUCGCCAUGCUCUUCUUCAUCUAUGCCAUCAUCGGCAUGCAGGUGUUUGGAAACAUCGCCCUAGAUGAUGACACAAGCAUCAACCGGCACAAUAACUUCCGAACCUUUCUACAAGCCUUGAUGCUGCUGUUCAGGAGCGCCACAGGGGAGGCCUGGCACGAGAUCAUGCUGUCUUGUCUAAGCAACCGUGCCUGUGAUGAGCACGCCAAUGCCAGUGAGUGUGGGAGUGACUUUGCCUACUUUUACUUCGUCUCCUUCAUCUUUCUUUGUUCCUUUCUGAUGUUGAACCUCUUUGUGGCUGUGAUCAUGGACAAUUUUGAGUACCUUACGCGGGACUCUUCCAUCCUAGGGCCUCACCACCUGGACGAGUUCAUCCGGGUCUGGGCUGAGUACGACCCGGCUGCCUGUGGGCGCAUCAGUUACAAUGACAUGUUUGAGAUGUUGAAGCACAUGUCCCCACCUCUGGGCCUGGGGAAGAAAUGCCCCGCUCGUGUUGCGUAUAAGCGCCUGGUACGCAUGAACAUGCCCAUCUCCAGUGAGGACAUGACAGUCCACUUCACGUCUACUCUGAUGGCCCUCAUCAGGACUGCACUGGAGAUCAAGCUGGCUCCAGCCGGUACGAAACAGCACCAGUGUGAUGCAGAGCUGAGGAAGGAGAUCGCCUCUGUGUGGGCCAACCUGCCCCAGAAGACCCUCGACCUGUUGGUGCCACCCCAUAAACCUGAUGAGAUGACAGUGGGGAAAGUCUACGCAGCUCUGAUGAUAUUUGACUUCUACAAACAGAACAAAACCACCAGAGACCAGAUUCACCAAGCUCCUGGAGGCCUGUCCCAGAUGGGCCCCGUGUCCCUGUUUCACCCUCUGAAAGCCACUUUGGAGCAGACACAGCCAGCUGUGCUCCGAGGAGCCAGAGUUUUCCUUCGGCAGAAGAGCUCCACGUCCCUCAGCAACGGUGGGGCUGUACAGACACAAGGGGGUGGCCUCAAGGAAUCGGUGUCUUGGGGCACUCAUCGGACCCAGGGGCUGCCCUCGGAGGCACAGACACCCUUGGAACGGGGCCACUCUGCAGAGAUUCCUGUGGUGCAGCCAGGAAAAUCGGCUGUGGAUGUCCAGAUGCAGGACAUGGCCUUGAGUGGCCCUGCCAGAGAGCCCCAGCUCGGGCUGGAGAGUCAAGGGCGAGCAGCCUCCAUGCCCCGCCUUGCAGCUGAGACACAGCCCGCCCCAGACUCCAGCCCCAUGAAGCGCUCCAUCUCCACCCUGGCCCCCCAGCGCCCCCCUGGGGUCCCACUCUGCAAUGCUGCUCUGGAGCGAGCCCCAGCGAGCCAGGCUACACACCACCACCACCACCGCUGCCACCGCCGCCGGGAGAGGAAGCAGAAGUCCCUGGACAAGGGGCCCAGCCUGCCAGCGGACACAGAUGGCGGUGUGUGGCACCCUGACAUCUAUCUGGGGUGGGGGAUUCAAGCAGCUAUAAACAAGCCCCGGCACUAGCUGGAGCCCUGAGGCUGAGCCACAUCCCAGGUCUGGGGACCAGCAGGAGGGCCCAAGUGAGGCAACCAGCACGGGGUCUGUCCUGGGGAAGGGUCUGUGGGCCUGGGG